AUGGCCCGCCUUCUGCGCACCUUGCGCAGCUCACAGCCCGUGGCGCGCUUCCAGCGCUGCUGCGGGCUCUUCCCCGCCGCCGAGGAGGGCGGCAGUGGCGACCCCGCGGAGGGGGCCCGGGACCGCGGCGUCUGCAACGGCGCGGGUGCGCUGCGCCGCCCGGCAGCUGCUGGCCGCGGCCCCCCCAGCGGGGUGCGGAGCGGCCGCGGCCCGCAGGGUUGCGUACAAAAGUAUGUUGUGAAGAACUACUUCUACUACUACCUGUUCAAGUUUUCAGCUGCUUUGGGUGAAGAGAUUUUUUAUAUCACUUUCCUUCCAUUUACUUACUGGAACAUAGAUCACUCUGUGUCUAGAAGGAUGAUAAUUAUUUGGUCGAUAGUGAUGUACAUAGGCCAAGUCUCCAAGGACAUCCUGAAGUGGCCUCGGCCCCUCUCGCCACCUGUUGUCAAGCUGGAAAUGAGGACGGAUGCAGAGUAUGGGAUGCCUUCCACCCAUGCCAUGGCAGCUACCGCCAUUUCCUUCUCCUUUCUCAUUGCAACUGUGAACCAGUACAAGUAUCCAUUUGAACUAGGUCUGGUAGCAGCAUUCGUGUUUUCGACGCUGGUGUGUCUCAGCAGGCUCUACACAGGGAUGCACACAGUCCUGGACGUGAUUGGUGGAGCGCUGAUUUCGGCUGUGCUGCUCGUGCUCUUGUACCCUGCGUGGGACAUGAUAGAUCACUUGCUGCUAACUAGUCCCUUCUGCCCACUGCUUUGCAUAGUUGUGCCUCUCGUCUUAUGUUACAACUACCCCAAACUAGACUAUUACAGCCCUACCAGGGGAGACACCACUACUAUCUUAGGAGCGGGAGCUGGAGCAACUGUGGGAUUUUGGUUAAAUAACCAAUACGCUGUGCCAGCCUACACUAGCCGAAAUUUUCAGCUUGGAUUUCCUCUGAUCACCAGUAAAAUAGUGGUGGUAGUGCUAGCCAGGUUCUUCGUAGGGAUCUUUGUUGUUCUGCUGACGCGACAGCUCAUGAAGAGCAUGGUCCUUGGCAUGCUUGGUUAUCGAUACAAGUUUCCCAUUGGCGACCUGGAAGCACGGAGGCGACUGGAAGUCGAAGUCCCAUAUAAAUUUGUAACGUACUCCUCAGUUGGCUUCAGUGCGACCGUGAUUGUGCCACUGCUGCACAAGAUGUUAGGAUUGAUGUGAGUGCAGCACCUUCCUUACAAAGUAAUGUAUGGCACCAUCAUUUCAGAGAUGCAAUGAGUCGAUCAAGGCUGGUAACUUGACCAAAAAGUGUUUUGUUCCUUUCUGCACUGGGGUGGUGGUUGACCCUGGCCCACCAAAACCGCUCUAUCACUCCCCUCCUCAGCUGGACAGGGGAGAGAAAACAUAAUGAAAGGCUUGUGGGCCAAAACAAGGACAGGGAGACAUCACUCAGCAAUUUCCAUCAUGGGCAAAACAGACUCAACUUGGGAAAAAAUUUAAUUUAUUACCAAUCAA